AUAUUCAGAUUAAUCAAUUGAAUAGAGAGUUUAAUAGUUCAAAAUCGGCAAGAGGACCAGAUGGUUAAUUCAAUUGCAAGUUUUAUAGUGCAAGAUUGACGAGAGUCGCGGCUUUUGAACAGCAAAUAACAUCCAUGACUUUACGAAACAAUCGUACAAAAUAUGAAAAGAUACCACUUAAAGAUUCGUCUUCAGGUGACGACGAUUCGGGGACUCAUUCUAGCGAAAGUCCAACAAUAAAAAAGAAAUCUCUAAUCAAAUUAAAACGAGAAAUUGGAAUCUUUUCUGGUGUUUGUCUCGUCGUAAGCACCAUGAUAGGAUCAGGGAUUUUUGUCGUCCCAACUGGAGUUUUGAAAUACUGUGACGGGGACGUUAAACUAAGUAUUCUAAUCUGGGGUAUCGGAGGUUUGAUUGCAAUGCUGGCAGCAUUAUGUGUUUGCGAACUGGGGGCUUCAAUACCCGAAUCAGGGUCAUGGAUGACUUUUAUUCACUACUCCUUUGGACCGCUAUUAUCAUUUAUAUUUACCUGGAUGACUGUGGUUGUAUCGGCACCCGAGGGAUUAGCUGCGCAGUUUAUAGCGCUCGGGGAAUACAUGACAAGACUGUACUUUGAGGCUGGGAAAUGUGAAGUUCCUAACGCGACUUUGCUGAAGAAGUUACUCGGCGUUUCUGUUGCAUUGGUGAUUAUGGUGUUGAACAUGACGAAAGUAAAAUGGGCCGUCAGACUGCAGAUUUUCUGUGCUUUCGGAAAAGUCGUUGCACUAGUUGGAAUAUCAACAGUCGGAUUUAUUCAACUUUUGAAAGACAGCACCGUUGCCAGAAAUAAUUUUAUGCCUGGACCAGCGAACGCAAGCUCCUUGACUGAAAGAGACAGUCAUUUAGUCUCAACUGGAGUCGGGAUAAGCGCAAUAAGUUUGGCAAUAUAUCAAGGACUAUGGGCGUAUGAUGGGUUUGAAGUUGUUACAAUCGUAACUGAAGAGGUCAAGAACCCUUCACGGUCGUUGCCGAUUAUAACAAUCAUCGCUGUCCCGGUGGUAACGUUGUUAUACAUGAUUGUGAACGUGGCAUAUUUUUCAGUUUUGACACCUUCAGAGAUGUUAUCCUCGCAUGCAGUAGCGGUUACAUUCGGCCAGCGUGUUCACCCAUUCCUGGCCUAUUUGAUGACGCUUUCUGUUUGCAUGUCUCUGAUUGGAUCAAUCAACGGACACUUCCUGGCUACGGCAAGGGUACCAUUUGUAGCGGGGCGACUCGGACAUAUGCCUGAGUUCCUCUCCAUGGCGCAUGUCCGUUACUACUCUCCUGUUCCGGCUAUCUUAAUAUCUAUGGGCUUGGGUGCAUUAAUGCUUCUUCAAAGCAAUUUCGACGUUCUUGUCACUGCCAGUCUGUUCACCAUGUGGGGAUUCAGAGGUCUCUCGUUCAUUGGACUUCUGUAUCUCAGAGUGAAACGAAAAGACCUUCACAGACCUUAUAAAGUCUACACGGCAACAGCAGUCAUGGCUAUACUUGUGUCAGCGUAUUUGAUAGCGGUACCAUUAGUAUUCCAGCCAGAGCCGUUAUACCUUCUAUCCGUCGUUUUGAUUGCAGUUUUUGCUGUUAUGUAUAAGUUUGUAGAAAAGGGGAAAUUACGAAUGUCUGGUAUCGGACCUGUUUCCAUAUUUCUACAAAAAGUUCUUCUCGUCGCACCUACAUCACGUGGGGCACAUCACACGACUUGAAAACUGUUGUGAACGCUUCUUCGAGUCUAGCGGUGCACGAUCUAUAAAGGGCAUGUUAAAUAUUCAAGAAAAAAAUGAAAAUAAAACGUCAAGGAAAAGUGACGCGAUAACACAAAAAUGGCGUCCGUAUUCCUUUUUUGUGAUAGUGUGACGUCAUAUAACUAAAGUCACACCACCAAGCGGAAUUUGGAGCGAGCUAGGUCUUGUCUUAAGUCCUAUGCAAAAGUGACGUCACAAUACAAAUUUCAGAAAAAGAGAGGGUGAAUUAAUCAAAAAAUGAACGUUAACAACGGGAACGUAAAAAAAAAAUGAUGCCUGAAGCCCAUAACACAAAAGUGGUAUCACCAUGUAGGCUUCGGGGCCAGCAGAGUGGAUUUAUCAAAAAAUAAAAGUUGAUGGAAGAAAAGCCGAUAAAAGUGACGCUAUGGCACAAACAUUGACAUGGCUAUGCAGUUUUGGGGAGAACAAAGGGCGCUCCCAAGUAUGUGCACCAAGAUGGCGCACAACCUGAACCCUAACCUGGUACACAUACUAUGUUCAGGUUGUGCGCCAUCUUGGUGCACAUACUUUUGUCCGAUCAAUGUGGGAAAAAUUCAAAAUAAAAGUCACACAAGAUACGUCAUAGAAAAGACGCCGCGACACUAAAGUGACGUAAUACUGAUGUUUCUGGACCGAAGAGAACGGAUCAGUAAAAAUGAAAAUUAAAAAGGGGUAAACAUCAAAUAAAAGUGAUGUCGUGACAGUAAAGUGAUGUCAAAUUGCAGAUUUGGGGCGAGGGGUAACAGUUAAUUGUCUCAGACAAAAAAACUAUCAUGGGGAAAUUCUCAACUCAGCAGCAGGUAUGUGAACCAUCGUGCGACGGUCCAGCAAUACUUGACGUGAAAUACGUAAUACGUAAAAAUUGUACAAAUGUGACCUAUCGUAACCAUCACUGAUUCCCUAUUUAUUGCCAUCAAAGGGAAUCUCCCUUUAAGCUUUUUCUUUCGAAGAGCUGACUUUUUCAACGCUAACCGCUACUAUUACUUUCCUUUGCACUACUGAUAAAAACACACUUAGCACCCAACAUUUUAGCGGUCAUAUGCAAUAUUCCUAUUAAUAAUAUUUCCGAUGCUUUCGUCAUUGUUUGAACAAGCUUACACAUAUUUUUAUUCGAUGUUUCUUGCACAUUCACUCAGAGCAAGGCUCUGUAUAAGCAUCCACUGUUAUGUGAGGAGUUACUAUUUUCGUAGAGACUAGGCACCGCUUACCCAGUGUGAUACACCAUAAAUACGAUAUGCAUGGGACUUUAACAGUCUGCAAUUCUAAUAUGACAACCAGAGGCCAUCGAGUCCACUUAAAUAUGAUUGGCCAUCUUGUUUCUUUUACUACACAAUUUAUUUAUUUUAAUUUUUUUGCAAUGAACUUUUCGUUGAAUUAACUUCUCACUAAAUAUGCAUUACAGUUUUGCAUUUCGAUAACCACGGAACGGUAAUUAA